UGGGAGAGUACAAAUAGGGAUGUCCUGUCUCUUGCCUCCUACAACUGAAACGCCGACACCAGUGCCUGAGACAGGCCAGGGCUACGCCGGGAAGAGGAAUCCCUCCAGUCUCCAGGCACCCAGCUUCUGAAAGAUCAAGCGCGGUGGCAUCAGCCCGGCUGGCAGGAGCCCCGAAGGGCCGCUGAGCACCUCUGAGGUUGCUAUUCCCUGGUGAGGAUGGCCACACCUCUGGAGCAGGCGUUGGCUGCGGUCGUGAGCACCUUCCGGAAAUACGCAGAGCUCUCCGGGGGCAAGCAUGGGCUCUGCCAGGCAGGGCUCAAGGAGCUGCUACAGAAGGAGCUGCCCACCUGGACCCCGAUGGGGCUCCGAGAGAGUGACUACAGUGCAUUCAUGAGCGUCCUGGAUACCGACAAGGACUGCAAGGUGGACUUUGUGGAGUACGUGCGCUCCCUGGCCUGCCUCUGCACUUUCUGCCACGACUACUUCAAGGACGUGACCCCCGUGACCCCCUGCUCCCAGUAGGCUCUGCUCCUGAGGACAGGGGUCUGCUCGGGCAGGACCUGUCCCCCCACCCCCCGUCCUGCACCUCCAGCAUCCCAGCUAGAGAGUCACAGAGCUGCCGCCCCCUCCCACGGCCGUGACUGUGGUGGGGAAGGGCACAUUCAACCCCUAAUAAAGUGCUGGUGUC